AUGGCCUCAGCAUCAGAAUCAGUGACAACUCUCACACAAGAGGAAAUGGAUUGUGUCAUUUUAGACGCCAGAGAGGGAGAUCUCGAGACAUUAACCGAAAUCUUCACCGAAUUGUCGCCUCAGUUAUUGCUCACCAUCAAGGACGACGUCACCUUGAGCACCCCAAUCCACAUGGCUGCAGCCAACGGACAUUUCGAAGUUGUCAAAUAUUUACUUUCUAUAGUGGACAAGAAGGACGCCAUAGCCUUGGCCUCACAACAGAACGAAAGUGGUAACACCCCUUUGCAUUGGGCUGCAUUUGCCGGGCAUCUCGACGUUGUAGAGCUCUUGGUGAAUGAAUAUGAGGUUGAUCCUUUUGUAAAGAAUUCUUCGGGUCACGAUUCGAUCUUUGAAGCUGAGAACAACAAACAAGACGCCAUAGAGGCCUGGUUCCUCAAGAAGUUUGCAGUUGAGGACUACGACUUGAAGGUUGAAGAGGGAGAUAACGAGACGAAGAUUACAUACACCCCAGGGAAGGAGAGUAAGGAAGCCGACGAUGCUGCUGCUGCUGCUGCUGAUGCUGCUGCUGCUGCCGCUUCAGCUUCAGCUCCUGCUUCCACCGAGGAGAUCGAAGACAAGACUGAGAAGCUCAGCAUCUGA